UAUCCAAUUGUAAAGUUGCAUCGAAGCUCGCCUUGAUCGAAGAGUCAGGGUCGCAGAGAAACGCACGAAAACGAAUUUUACCGUGAUAAUUUUAAUGGGAUUUUCACGCUAAAAGGAAGCUUUUUGUAGAUGAAAACCUCCUUAAACGAAUCUAGUAGGUUGAUCAGACGUUUUGGUGCGGUUUCGAGCUGUAUAAAGCCUGUUUGAGUUGCAGAGAAAGACAUCACUUACAUUUUCUAAAGCAUUUAAAAUGCCUGACCGUGUCGAAGCAUCGAGAGCUUCUUUUUGGUGGGAAAGAUAUGUCCCAAAGGAUCAGUUUGUGCAUUUGAUUGCUGGUGGGAUAGCUGGAGGAGUGUCCAGGACUUGUGUUUCGCCGUUGGAGAGAGUUAAAAUGUUAUUACAGAUCCAAGUCACUAAUGCCAAAUAUUCUGGUGUUGGUGGAACCUUAGCGAAAAUCUACAGAGAUGAGGGUCUAUAUGGUUACUUCAAGGGUAAUGGGACAAACAUUGUUCGUAUUGUGCCAUACACUGCUGUUCAGUUUGCUGCAUAUGAGGAAUUCAAAAAGCUUUUGAAGAUCCCACAAGAUCCCAGAGAGCAGCAUCCAUUUUUGCGACUCACAGCCGGCUCAUUAGCAGGAAUAGUAUCAUGUACUGCAACCUAUCCACUUGAUCUAGUAAGAACUCGCUUAGCUUGUCAAGGGGAAGGCGUUGAGAGAAAAUACAGGAAUAUCCGGCAUGCAUUUGUGACUAUUUUAAAGGAAGAAGGUGGUCUCUUCAGCGGAUGUUUAUUCAAGGGGCUUGGGCCAUCACUCAUUGGGAUUGCACCUUAUAUUGGUCUGAACUUCAUGGUUUAUGAGACUAUGAAAGGUCUCUGCAUGGACUUCUACACUGCAAGGGCUGCAGGGCAUAAACUGAGGACAAUUCAUCACGAUCUUGAGCUACCUGUGGUGGCAAAGCUGUUCUGUGGUGCGGUUGCAGGAGCGGUCGCUCAGUCAGGCACCUACCCACUGGAUGUAGUACGGCGUCGAAUGCAGAUGGAGCGGGGCGAGGGAAUGUUCAAGUACUCAUCAACCUGGGACGGCUUCAAGGUUAUAGUCAGGAGUGAGGGAUUCAUUGGCCUCUUUAAAGGAAUGUGGCCUAACUUACUUAAGGUCGCUCCUACCAUUGGUAUCCAGUUUGCUGUCUAUGAAGUUAGCAAGUCUGCCAUGUAUGCCAGAAUGGAAUAGGUUACUAUUAUGUAGUAACCUACAGUAUACUCUAAGUUAAAGAAAAUAUAUAAAAUAUUAACAAAUGUAGUAAUGUAAUAGCUAGACUCUCUUUAAACUGAAGUGUUCCAUUAUUUUUUUUACAAAGGAAACUCAUUGUUACAUUUUUCCUCUCUAUUGACGUGCACAACGCAAGACUUAUACCGAGUUGCUAAAAUGUUAAGGGAGGACAUGGAGGCCAGCCCAAAAGGAGUUCUGGCAGGACAAACAUUUUUACUGAUACUCAAUCCUUUUUGAUCCCCCACAAUCCUUUUUGCCUCGACACCAGCUCCUGGUGUCUGUGCGAGUCAAACUUAAGGGAACUCUUGCUAAACUGUUUCAAAUGUAUCAUGAGUAUGAAGCCAGUUACAUUGACUGCAUGUACAUUGUAUGAAAUAUAUUCAAAUUUCACAAAUGGCAGAUUCAGAAACAAUGGCAGAAACACCACAACUGUACAGUAGCAUCUCUUAUCAAAAUGUAGAUAAGUUAUAAUUGGCUAGGGGGCAGUCCAUAUGAAUUAUUCAUAACAUUUCUGAGUUGUGCCAAUUUUGUUUGAGACUUAUAAAAUAAAACAGGUACAUAAAGAUGUAUGAUAGAUUGAUAAAGCAGUAAAAUAAUUUCUGAAAGUAACUUUGGAAUAAUAUAAGUAGAAAUAUUUUGAUAAUAAAUCAGUGAAUAAUAAAUACAGUUAGUCCUUU